UCUGGCAGACGUGUGAACGCGGCGUAAUGCAAGAGGACCUCGACUUAAGAAAUUUUCCUACCGUGGCUUUAGUUGUAACCUAAAUUAAACCUUUUAAGUGUAAGUAGUUUCACCGGUAACGCAGAAAUUCUCCACUUAAAUGGCUCAAAAUAAAUUAAAUGAUUUGGCAAGUCGCUUUAGUAAAGGAUCUGCUGGAAUGAAUGUCGGUGUUAAAUUAAUUGCCGUAGUUGGAGCAGCAGCUUAUGGAGUUUCACAGUCCAUGUAUACUGUUGACGGUGGUCACAGAGCUAUCAUAUUUUCCCGGUUAGGUGGCGUACAAGAAGACAUCAUGCCAGAAGGAUUGCAUUUUCGUAUUCCAUGGUUCCAUUAUCCAAUCAUCUAUGACAUCCGAAGUAGACCAAGAAAAAUUUCUUCGCCUACUGGGUCUAAAGAUUUACAGAUGGUAAAUAUCUCUUUAAGAGUAUUAUCUCGUCCUGAUGAACGCACGCUACCUUCGAUGUACCGCCAGCUUGGACUUGAUUAUGAUGAGAAGGUUUUGCCAAGUAUAUGCAAUGAAGUUCUGAAAUCUGUUGUUGCAAAAUUUAAUGCUUCUCAGCUCAUAACCCAGCGUCAACAAGUUUCAAUGAUGGUGAGAAAAGAAUUGACUGAUCGAGCUCAAGAUUUUAACAUUGUUUUAGACGAUGUUUCUAUAACAGAGUUGAGUUUUGGUAAGGAAUAUACGGCUGCUGUUGAAGCCAAACAAGUAGCUCAACAAGAAGCCCAACGAGCAGCUUUUGUAGUUGAAAGAGCUAAACAAGAAAAACAACAAAAAAUUGUUCAGGCUGAAGGAGAAGCUGAAGCUGCUAAAAUGUUAGGUAUUGCUGUCAGUCAAAAUCCUGGAUACCUAAAGUUACGGAAGAUUCGGGCUGCACAAACCAUUUCUCGCACCAUAUCUAGCUCUCAAAAUCGAGUUUACUUAAGUGGAAACAGUUUGAUGCUUAAUAUACAAGAUCCAACCUUCGAUGAUUUAUCAGAAAAAUUAAAAAGCAAAAAGUGAUGAUUGUGCAUUGUAAAUAAAAAAGUAUUUACAUAAUUUCUAU